AUGUUCGAAUACAAAAUGUCCAAGAGAAGGACGGUUUUACAAGAGUCGGCCUGCCAGGCACCCCAGAGUCAGGUUGCCGACAGUGAUCAACCCGAUUCGCAAAGAUAUUCGAGAAUGAUGCCUUCGCUUACCGACGUGCUCCUCGUGGCAUGCUUCUCUCUCUUCGCCACGGCGGCCUCUACGCCCAAGCUGGUGCCGUACCAAGAGAACGGCAAGAAUUACCAGUGCAAGUGCUCCCCGGCAGACGAAUGUUGGCCAAAGGCCAACGCUUGGGAGAAGCUCAACAAGACCGUGGGAGGGAAUCUUAUAAGACACAUUCCGCCUGCGGCCGUCUGCUACAACCAGUUCCGCGGAGUAGCGACAUACGACGCUGCAAAGUGUGCCGAGGCGACUGCGAAGUGGACGGACGAGAGAUGGCAAACUGAUCACGGCGUGACCAGAAUUUCCCAGCCGGCAUCACAGCUCUGGACAUGGGGAAGCAACAACACCUGCGAGCUCACAACGGACCCGACAAAGACCUGCUCCCUGGGUAACUACCCCGAGUUCGUCAUCAUCGCCCGGACAAGGGAUCACGCCAAGGCCGGCGUCAACUUUGCCAAGUCCAACAACGUCCGGCUCGUCGUGCGCAACACGGGCCACGACUUCGAGGGCCGGAGCGCCGGCGCCGGGUCGCUGGCCAUCAACACGCACAACUUCAAGGACAUCUCCUUCGUCGACAAGUACAAAGGCCCGGGAGACUACAAAGGUCCCGCCAUCACCAUCGGGGCCGGAGUCCAGGGUUUCGAGAUCUCUGCGGCCGCGCGGGCCCGUAACCCGCCUCAGAACGUCGUCAUGGGCGAGUGCGAGACUGUCGGAGUUGCGGGAGGCUACUUAGGAGGAGGCGGCCACGGGCCUCUCAGCGGCAACUAUGGUUUCGGCGCAGACCAGGCGCUCUCCUUCGAGGUCCUCACUGCUUCCGGAGACUUUAUCACGGCCAACUCCAAGUCUAACUCGGACCUAUACUACGCGCUCAAGGGCGGCGGACCCGGUAACUACGGCAUCGUCUUAUCCGUCACUCUCAAGACAUACCCCGACACCAUCCCCGGCGCGGCCCUCUUCCUCAACGUCAACGCCACCACGGGAGCAAACUUUGGCCAGGUUACGAAAGCCGUCAACAAGCUCCACGAGCUUGGCAACCACCUGGUCGACAACGGGCUCUACGGCAUCUACGAGCUGUACCCCCCCAUCAUCGGCGGAGCGCUGCACGUGCAGCCCAUCAUGGGCAUGAACAAGACGGCAGCAGAGCUGACCGCCGUCGUUCAACCGCUCUUCUCGUACCUCGACGCCGAGAACAUCCCCUACGACUUUGGCGUCAAGGAGUACCCGGACUACUACACCCUCUUCCACGACAUCUCCGAGCCCGAAGCCGCCGCCCAGAACGGCCUGACGGGCGGCUGGGUCUUCACUCACCAAGACAUGGCCAACAACCAGCCCGCCAUCGCCGAGGCCAUCCAGCUCGCCCUGGCCCCGGCGCCGAACCAGUUCGGCAUCGUCAUCAGCCACCUCUUCGACCCGGGCAACCAGGCCAAGAAGCCCGAGAGCGCGACGCACCCGCGAUGGAGGGGCGCCACCAUGCGGACGAUGGCCAUCCUGCCGCAGGCCCUGGACGCGACCUGGGCCACGAAGCUGGCGCUCAACGACCUCAUGGUCAACACCAUCACCGAGAAGUUCAAGCAGGCCGGCCCCAACGGUCUGGCGUACGUGAACGAGAACUAUGCCUUCAUGAACAACUGGCAGGACGCUUUCUGGGGGCCGAUCUACCCCAAGCUCGCCGCCAUCAAGAAGAAGUGGGAUCCGACGGGCGUCUUCUUCUCGUGGUCCACGCCGGGGAGCGAGGAGUGGAGUGUCAUCGACUACGCCAACCGGCUUUGCAAAGCGAAAUGA